CGAGUGAACGGGCAGUGUAUACGCACGCACACACAACUACGGCACCUUGGAGCGCGAUGGAACAAGACGCUCCCGCGGCGGUAUGUGCGCAGAAAUCUGUGCCUCUGUCCUCAUCCAGCUGGUCUGAGUUCAUCAUGAUCUCCACGAUUGCGAUAUCGUCCGUUCUCAUGCUCGUGCGCGCACUCUUUGGCGGGGACGCGUAUCGCCGCGCGUUGAAGAACAAGUCGUCCAACCGAUUGCUGGGCGGCCGCAAGAAAUUCCAAAGCCUCCAUCAGCAGACGAUGCAGAACGUGGAUGAGAGCGUGCUGGCCGAUGUGCAAACACUCGGGGACUCGGUGCUCGAUGGGUACUGCACCAUGAAGAAGGGAUCGUCGAGCACGACGUGGAAGAAACGAUGGGUUGUUGUUGACGCCUACGCCCGGGUCAAAUACUAUCCCAACGCCGAAGGAUCUCGGCGCAACACGGCGCCCAAGGGAACGUUCACCGUGCUGUCUGUGGACGUGGCGCCGUCGACGUCCAACAACUCGAACCAGCCAACAUUGGAAGUGCGCAACACGCUGGGCGGCACGUACUUUUUCCACUUUGACGACGACGUCAAGAUGCAAAAGUGGCUCGUCGUGCUCAAGAGCCGCGCCAUGCAGAGCGCCAUCGACGGCCGCAUCGACCCGAUGCACUCGCGCGACCGAUCGGCGCCGCACAUGAAGCACGACUUGAUCGUGCUCGUCGAGACGUUCAACGUCCUUGCCCACAAGGACACGUCCAUGCGAUCGUUCUUUGCCGUCGUCAAGUUCAAAGCCGAGCUACACGACCACUCGGUGAUUCCUGUCAAGCAGACCAACCAGCGCAGCUGCAGCCACUCGCGCACGGCCGUGUCAUGGAAUGAAUCCCUGCACUGGACAUUCGACGACCACGAGUGCGCCACAUGCGACGAGUGCGUCGGCGUCGGCCUCGUCGGGUCCUUCGGCGGCCUUCCGGACCUGCUCGUCGUCAACGUGUUCGAAGUCACGAUGCGUGUCAAAACCACCAAAAUAGGCCGCGUCUUCGUAUCGCUCAAGGACCUGUUUGGCCCCAAUGGCUUGACCAAGUCCAGCGUGGAAGCAUCGUGGCCGAUCUUGGCGUCGUCAACGCGCCUGCAGGAUGAAAAAGAGUCGAUCUUGGGCACGUUGCAGAUGACAUUGGACUACACAGCGACGUCGCAGGUGGACGCCACCGCCGCACUCACGCCGUUCCUCACGUCCGCGCCAUCCGAUUUGGAGCUCCUGGGCGAGUUUGAGCUGGACAUGCCGCUGCUGGAUCUGCUGGACACGUACUACGCAGACCCGCCCGACGGAGCUGAAGCGUCGGCCAACCCCGUGUGGGCGCAGUACAUCAAAGAGCGCGGCGACACGGAGGUCGAGACCCAUCGGUGGGAACCGUCGCCCGCGCACGGCGGGUGGGUGCGCGUCGUGACCUUUCGCAGCCUCACGCAUGCGCCCAUCGGUCCGUCUACGACCAUGACAACCAACACGUGGCAGUGCACGGGCUACGAUUGGACACAUGAUGGCACUGUAUCGCAGGUGACGUUUCAGAUCAAAGUGCAGCUGCACGACAUCCCAUAUGGCGACAUUUUUACAGUCGAGCACUCGAUGACGCUGACCAAGUCCUCCCCGUCCAACAACAAUGGCGUGUCUGUCAAGGUCUACUUGGCGAUUCCGUUUUCCAGUGGAUGCAUGUUCAAGAGCAAGAUCCUGUCGCAAACCAAGACGGCGACCCACGAAUCGUACGUGUUGUGGUUCCGAUUGCUCAAGGAAAUGCACAACGCCCCUGGCACGUCCAUCGCCGCUACUUCGGUCAACUCGGCGGCAAAGAAGCGCGCGCCGCUGGUCCGCAUGUGCAGCAUCGUGGACGAAGAAGUAGCGCUGGAAGAGAUCUUUGAGAACCAGCGCAUGCAUAUCUUUGGCAAGUGGGGGCCCAACUACCUCUGGCCCACGGAUCGCUCUCGGUUCUCCAACCGCCAGGGGGACAAAGAGCUGAGCUUUAACAAGGUCGAGUGCCCCGAGCACUGGACGUGGACGUCCGAGUGGAAGGUGGACAUGAAGUACACUGAGUGCGACGAGGAAGGAUGGAGCUACGCGACGGACUUUCCUCGCUUCAAGUACCACCUCGCCAAAGGAAAGUCGAACGCGCGCAAGGUCGGCAGCAGCGUGCGCCGACGGCGAUGGGUGCGCACCAUGUGCUUAAACCCUGACGCCGACGUCGCUUUCUAGCCGAUUUGAUCAUCAGCCUUCGUUGUACAUACCCUUAACAUGGCCACACGUUUCGUACUAACUCAUACGAACAGUAGUAGUACUAGUAGUAGUAGGA